AUGUACUCCUUGGAAGACUUGGAUUUUUCUCGAAGACAUAGAUUUUUCUGGAAGACUGGAUUUUCAGGAAGACUGUGGAUCUUUGAGAAGACUGGAUUUUUAGGAAGACUGUGGAUCUUCGGGAAGACUGUGGAUCUUCAGGAAGACUGUGAAUCUUUGGGAAGACUGUGGAUCUUCGGGAAGACUGUGGAUCUUUGGGAAGACUGUGGAUUUUUGGGAAGAUGUGGAUUUUGGGAAGAUGUGGAUUUUUGGGAAGAUGUGGAUUUCGGGAAGACGUGGAUUUUGAGAAGACGUGGAUUUAGGGAAGACGUGGAUUUUCAGGAAGAUGGAUUUUGGGAAGACGUGGAUUUUCUGGAAGAUGUGGAUUUUUAAGAUGUGGAUUUUUGGGAAGACAUGGAUUUUGGGAAGACGUGGAUUUUCUGGAAGACGUGGAUUUUUCUGGAAGACGUGGAUUUUCUGGAAGGUGGAUUUUGGGAAGACGUGGAUUUUCUGGAAGACGUGGAUUUUCUGGAAGACUUGGAUUUUCUGGAAGACAGAUUUUGGGAAGACGUGGAUUUUCUGGAAGACGUGGAUUUUCCGGAAGACAUGGAUUUUCUGGAAGAUGUGGAUUUUCUGGAAGGCAUGGAUUUUUCCGAAGACGUGGAUUUUUCAGAAGACAUGGAUUUUCUGGAAGACAUGGAUUUUCCAGAAGACAUGGAUUUUCUGGAAGACGUGGAUUUUUCAGAAGACAUGGAUUUUCUGGAAGACGUGGAUUUUUGAGAAGACUUGGAUUGGGAAGACAUGGAUUUUCAGGAAGAUGUGGAUUUUCAGGAAGACACAGAUUUUUGGGAAGACAUGGAUAAUCUGGAAGACUUGGACUUCUCGGAAGCUAUGGAUUUGAUGGAAGACAUGGAUUUUCUGGAAGAUAUGGAUAGAUGGAAGACCAGGAGAUCAAUGGAAGACAUAGAUCGGGAAGACAUGGAUUUUCAGGAAGACCUGAAUAGUCCGGAAGACCAGGAUUGUUUGGAAGACACAGACAUGUGGAAGACUUGGGAGUUUCUGGAAGACAUUAAUCUUCAGGAAGACGUAUAUCUUCAGGAAGACAUACCUUGGCUGGAAGACCUGGAUGUUAUUGGAAGACAUGGAUCUAUUGGAAGACCUGGAUUUAGUGGAAGACUUGGACGUGGACUGGCUGGAAGACCUGGGAUUUUCUGGAAGACGCAGAUUUUUCUGGAAGACGUAGAUUGCACUGGAAGACGUGGAUUCUUCUGGAAGACGUGGAUUCUUCUGGAAGACGUGGAUUUUCCUGGAAGACAUGGAUUUUUUCUGGAAGAUCUGGAUUCUAUGGAAGACUGGAUUUUCUGGAAGACUUGGAGGUUUUUGGAAGACAUGGAUUUUCUGGAAGACAUGUAUUUUCUGGAAGAUUAGGAUUGUCUGGAAGAUCUUGACAUUGUUGGAAGACUUGCAGUUGCUGGAAGACCUGGAGAUGUUGGAAGACCUUGAUACUGGCACCAUUGGAAACCCU